AUGGGCGCUGUCGAAUACGGCUCUUCGUACGAUGGUGACUAUCGUACGCAUCCGGAGACGAACACUCGCCACGAGACCCGCCACGGGCAGCUCAACAAGUAUGAUCCGCAACCCAGAACAAUCCGCUCCCAGUCCGGCACCUUUCAUACACAGCGCGGCAAAGACCACAAUCGGUCCUUCUCCAAGCCUGUGGCCAGUACCGCACGACCCAAUUCCCAGAACGGCAGAUCGUCGCAUUUCCGCGAGCCCCAACACAAGAAGAGAAAGAGUCACGUCCAGCACGACGCUGGCAGAGAAACAGCCCAACCGGGAUCUUCGAAUACGAACAAUAACAAGAAACAGAAGAGUAUGUCGGAAGCCGAGCUCAUCGCCUACGUGGAGGAGCUGCUACGUCACCCGAACAUUAGAGGAGUCGCAGGACCCAAUGUCACCUGCGGACUGUGCAAAGUCCACGGCCACGGCGUCCUGGAGUGCGUGAAAGUCGGCCCGGAUGGAACGACGCACGCAUGCCCCUACUGCAAUGGCGCCUCCCAUAUCAUAGACGCUUGCGAGCUACUCAGAUGGGCUCGGCGCCACAGAAAGCGGCGUCGGGACUACAGAAAAGACAUCCACGACAAGAUCCUGACUGAAUAUCUCAUCGUCCAUCGGCAAGGCCUCCCGGCUAUCACAUCACACACUAACCUCAAAGAACUCUGGGAUAGACUGCCGACGAAGCCAGUCUUAUCCGGUUGGCCAAUCUCGCGCGCAUCUUCGCAAAGCUUUCUCGACGACAUCCAGGAGAGUAUGGGGAAGGAGAUACCUGCAGAGGUCAAGCUCUUCCCGUAUGAGAAUUUCCAGCUCGUAGCGCCAGCAGCUGGAAUGGAGAGGCUUCCAACGACGAAUCAUGCCAAUCAUGCCAAUCCUGGCCUGGAACCGACCAAAAAUCCUGCAAUGUUCCCCGAUGUCUCUUUGAAGACUGGACAAGGAGACACCGCUCCUGAACAGGAUGAUACACGCAUGGAAGCGGACAGCGCCGGUAGAGCUCGAGCUCCAGAAAGGAAGUGCGUGCACUGCAAGAACUCCACUGGCAUUAAGCAACAGUCACACAUUCCAGAUGACUGUUACUUAGCGCGCUGUCCUUUGCCCGGCUGUAGGGCAAAGGGGAAGUGCGCAAAGCAUUGCCCACGAUGUGGCUACAAAACAGUCAUGGACCCGAACCAUGUCAACGCAUGUCCAUGGGACGUGGAGCUCAUCCACAACGACGAUACCCGGAAGCCAACGAGACCCGCGCUGCGAUGCCAUGAGUGCGACGAACUACGUAAGGAGGGCAAUACGUUUCCCGAGCCGCCUCGCUAUAUAUUCACAAAGGAUCUCGUCGCCAUUCGUAAGAAAGCCCAAGCGAACAAAAUUCGAGGCCACACCAAGUUCGAGCGCCUCCAGCGCAAACAGACGUUUGAUCCCGACCUGGUGAAGGAUCCUUAUCACUGUGCCGACCUGUACACUGAGUGCAGGAUCUGCUGGAGCAAGAAGUAUAAGGGCGACUACGAGUCCCAGGAGUUUGGCGCUGGAAUUGAUGAUGAGGAUCAACCAGCGAAUGUUAGGCUCCAGGCUUUACUCGCUCAGUGCUGA